UACCCAGUCCCAUACACAGCGUUCGAGACAUCAACAAGAGAGCGGUAACUGAUGCUGGUGAAUUGAGAGUAGUUACAUUGUUACGACGCGUGUUCAAGGUUAUUACUUUGUAUCAGCUACGUUCGACGUGCAUCAAGAUGUUUGGCUUUCACAAGCCAAAGAUGUACCGGAGUUUAGACGGCUGUUGCAUCUGCCGCGCCAAGUCCUCCAGUUCGCGCUUUACCGACAGCAAGCGGUACGAAAAGGACUUCACUAUUUGUUUCGGACUGUGUGAAACUAGGUCUGGAGAAAUCUGUAACGCAUGUGUACUCCUAGUGAAACGAUGGAAGAAACUCCCAGUGGGGUCCAAGAAAAACUGGAAUCAUGUGGUCGAUGCCCGAGGCGGCCCCAGCCUUAAAAUGUCUUCCAGGCCAAAAAAGCUGAAGUCCCUCUCCAAGAGAGCAAGGCCAAGCCAGAUCAGCCGACUGCAGAAAGAGCUGAAGAGAAACAACUCCGAUGCUCACAGCACCACGUCCAGUACCUCCCCGGCCCAGUCUCCCAGCUAUAGCCCCUCAGAUGAGGGUUCGGAGACCGAGCUCUCUCCUGGCUCCAGCCGCUCCCCUGUCUUCUCCUUCCUGGACCUCACCUACUGGAAAAGGCAGAAAGUGUGUUGUGGGAUUAUCUACAAGGGCCGCUUUGGGGAGGUGCUCAUCGACCCUCAUCUCUUCAAGCCCUGCUGCCGCAAGAAGAAGCAGCGCCAGGAGCUGGAAGAAGAGGAAGGCUAUGAGGAGGAAGAGGUGGUGGAGGAAGAGGUGGAGGAGGUAGAAGUGGCAGAGGAGGUGGAGGGGGAGGUGGGGAAGGAAGGGGAGGUGGAGAGAAACGAGGAAGCCGAGGAGAAAGUAGAGGAGGUGAAGAGGUCAAACUACACCCAGGAGAGUACAGAGACGCCUCAGCUACAGGUCACUGUUACCAUGUCUCAGACCAAAGAGGAAGCGGAGGAGGUGGACUGGUGAUUUUGCAUCAUUGUGCAUAUUUGAGGAAGCCCUGCGAGUGCUCCUGGUUUACAAGCACUUACAAAAAGUAGUUACCUCGGAUUGCCUUCAGCCAGCGAGCAGCUGAAUCCUGUUAGGAUUUUCUUUCUCAUUUUGUUUGUUUCUGGUAACUUCUGAACUCACUGAGCCAUACGGACUCUUGCCCCCACCCCCCAACCCAGAUUCAUCUGGUCUUGUACUAAGUAUUUUCCUUGUUCUGGUUUUGUCCUCAUUAGGCAGAGCAUUAGUGUUGCUCGGUACCCCUUAGUGUUGCACGGUACCACGGUACAGUUCCGAAACAUUUCCAACGGUUUUUGGUUACUUAUGGUUCCGCUGUCACGUCUCACAUUUGGAAAUCAGCUAAACUAAUGAAUUCAUUGAGUUAUUGAAUUUGCCCAAAUGAAUGAUAAGACAUACGUCUUUGAGUAUGUGGAAUAGUUUACUAAAAUACAAGCUAUGCUUAAAAGGACAGCUCGUUCCUUAGCGUCUGCACUACAAUAGCACUAUUGUGGUAAGUCCACGGUCAUUUGAAUUACAGGGCAACCAAAACAUUUUAAUCAUUGCAAAUUUGGCUGUCAUUUACGAUGUGUUCUAUAGGCAAAAACAUGUAGUCCGGCAGUAAUCGGCAUAUAUUUUUUGCUGUGAUAUUAAGUUUCAUUUUGGUACAGAGUAUAUCGUCUUGGUAUUGACUAUUGUGAUAUAAAAUCUUCCAUCAUUAAUUAAUGAACAUUCGGGUAUCGGAACAACACUAAAGAGCAUGCAGUGGAACAUUUUUGAAAACGCUUGGAAAAUACAAAUAGUAGUUUCUCAUUGGUUAGGUCGGUGUAGUCCACUCUUUCUUUUGGUGCCUAAUGAACACGACCAAUAUGUUCGGACACCUCACAGUCUCUCUGUGUUCUUCUCAAUAACAUAAAAUGCUGGAGCUUUGAAUGAUCAGCCGUCUACCUUCACAGGUAACAGUUGUACAGUAGCACUAGUAUUAGUAGAGUAGUAUAAUUGUGAAACAAAUUCACAUUCACACUAUAUUUAUCUAUUCUGUAUAUAUGAGCCUGUAUAUAUUUCUAUAUGGGCCUUGGUCAAGAAAGGCCUGAUCACAGCACCAACAGCCAAUACACCAGCCUUAAUUAAGCGAGGGAAGGCAGCGCUAGUGUUUUGUCACUGUUGGUACUAAGGGAUGAUAUUAAAGGGCAAUGACAGAUUCCCCCCCACCCCCCCAGCUUAAUAUUCAUUAUCUCCAGCACAUAGAAAUCCACUUUUUUUAAAAUGGCAUGUUUCUGUAUUUCUUUGUCAAAAUGAUGCACACCUGAUGACGUUAAAAUUAUGUCCCAGGGGAAUGUCAUUAGAAAAACCUUUGACAACAUCGGUUGUGCACCAUGUGAUUUUCACCCUCAACUGUGAGCUAGCAAAUGUUAGUACUUUUCCCCAAAAAGAAAAUAGCCCAGAUAAUAAUUGUGUCAAUGAUUUCUUUGCUGUAGUGCAGCCUCUGUGUGCUGGAGUUGAUGAAUAUGGUGAAAUGGCCAUUUAAGGCCAAAUAGUUUGUGCUAGAUGGGUAGUUUGUGAGUUUUCUGAUUAUUAUGUGUUAAAGUUUGCAAUGGAUGCCUUGGGCUUUUUGAAAUGAAGAAAAGCAACACGGGUGUGUUGUGCAUGAAUGCCGAAGAAAAACUCCUCUCACCUAAAACAUCUGUAGAUCAGAUGCAUGAGUAUAAUAAGCUAUUGCAUGGCCUUAAAAGCAUUUACUAUAUUGUAUUGUAAAUCUCGUUAUUAUUUUCUAGACCCAGUGCCCCGAAGCCCCAAAGUAUUUUUAUUUAUUUAAAAGGUAAAAUAAAUAAAAAUAAAUGAUUGUCUUUUCCGCCACAUUUCUAAUAGCAACCGGUUGAGAUCAUAAAUGAUUCCUACUAAAGGUCUGGCUGGAGUGCUUGGUUCCUUACUGUCACUGGGAUUAUGUAAUGAACACAUGUACGCACACACUGGAUUCACUGCAACAACGUAGGCCUACAAUGCAAUAAGUGUCUUCUCUCCACUUGAGCACAAGCUUUUAAAUCUGUAACCCUGCUGACAAAAACAGUGUCGUUUUUUUCCUUGGCUGGGGAAUUGGUUUGUGUGUUUCCUUUUUUUGUGUAAUUUGAUUUGUUUGUCUGCAGGACUUCCACAUCACUUGCUCUUGUGGUGCUGCAUGUGAUUUCAACUUUAAUAGAAUGACAGGCCUACUUAUGAUUCCCAUGUCAAUCGUUAUUUAAGUGUUUUAUAUUAGAGGACAUACUUUCAUAUUCAUAACUAAGACCUUCCUCAUUCUGUGGUUAGUCAAGUGAUUACAUUAUACUAGGCAACAUUAUCAAACAAAACCAAAGCACACUUAAAUUCAUUCAAUUUCAAAUGCAAAACAGGUACUUUAUUAUUAGGCUAUUAGUAGUAUUAAAAGGACACUAAAAUCUGUUGGUGAUUUAAAUUAUCCAAACUGUAGUGGGGAAUGUAUGUAAAUGUACAUAUUUAAAUGGGAAGGUGGGCUUUCUAGGUCAGUUUUUCUGUUAUUUAUUUUAUAUUUAUUUGUAUGACAGCAAUUUUUCCUCUAUAACUGUAUUCUGAUGCUGGUUUCUCACUUUGUAAUUGCUUAACGAUUUUACAUUUAAAGUUUUGUAGUUCUAUAUGAUUAGCUUUAUUGUAGUUCUUAAAGGGGCAAACCUUAAUUAUUACAUAUAUUUGACUUAGAAAUUAAUAUGUACCCAUUUCUUUUUUUAAAUAAUAUAACAUAUAAAUUCCUCAUGAGCCUAAUUCAAAAGUUGUACUCCAUCAGAACCAAAAUAUAAGCUUGAUGUACUCCAGUGUUUUUCAACAAAAUAAAUCUUAAACUAACAAUACAUAGCCUAAAAACAUGGUUAAAACAAUUUAUUUUAAACCAGCCUGAUAUCAUGGGUGCAUCCAUAGUGUUGGCUAUUGAGGUUGCAUUUUCCAAGCCCCUCCUGCUUCAGCUUUUGACUGAAUCUGUGCCGGGAGUACACUUUGCUAAUUAAGGAUUGUCGCUUUAAGUAAUUAAUGUUCUAGUCUGAAAUUCAACAAUUGACAGUAUUUGCGAGAUAAUGGAAUUAGUACUUGUGAUUAUUUUAUCAACAUUAUUGUGUAGUAAUUUAUUAUGUAAACAUUUCAUUAGGACUGUAUCCCUAUACCAGGUGUCCAGCUGGUUGAAUAAUGAUUUUCUGUGAUAUGACGUAUAUUAAAACGUUCCUUUCCUCUCAUCUUUGCCAUGUGAUAUUGUAUAUGUCCUGAAUAAAAUUUGAAGUUGACUCUUAGCUUUAGUGAUACAUGCAUGUAUUGUAGCUAUACACUUGCAUUUAUUUACCAGGUUAUAUUUAGACAAAGCAACGUUUUGUAUUUUUAUACAUGAUGUACCUUUUUUUUACUAGACUUUCAAUAAAAGUACUUUUGUGAGUUUGA